AUGGCGACUCUAGGACAAAACAAUAAUAACAUACCGCAAAGCGAUCAGGUGGAUCCAGCGCAAGCCCAAGGAGCUCAGAUCCCACUCCAAACCUUUUCGCUACCUCAGUUUCCAGCUCAAGCCGGUGGACUCAGAGCCUUGACCUUGACCUCCGACAUCAAACUCGACGACUACCAAACCCUCCUCACCGAACCCUUCUCUAUUCCUCGACUACCUCCAGGUAUCGAGUCCUUGACUCUCGAGCUGUUCACUCUGGGAUACCCAGUAGGCUGGCUGAGCCAACUUGCCGAUCGCUUGCCCAAUCUCAAGAGUCUGGUAAUUUACAGCCAGCUUUUCGGCGGCGUGACACCAGAGUCUCAAGCCGACGGCAUCGAAUUUUUCAGGAAGCUGCCUGGGCUACGAGCCCUGCAUCUCCUCGAUGUAUUCGCCCAACCAAAGUUCUUCGAAGGCAUUGGACCCUACGUAACCUACUCAUCCGACGACGAGACCGCCCGUCGCGGCUUGAUGUUCCUGGAGAUCAACUACACAGUCCAGCAUUCAGACCCAGAGUUUCUCGGAAAAAUCCAAGCGACAGAGUUGAACGCGUUAGUUGGGCCUGGUUUGGUGACUUUGGCGUUCAAUGUCAGUCACGCUGACCUUACCGACGACCCUGAGGAUCCGACCAACAAUGGCGACAAGGAUGCCGAAGAAGCGGCAAAAGAUGGUGUGGUGGCUUUGAACAAGACACUAGGCUCUACACUCGUCAAAGCCUUGACAAAUGAAGCCACACGACCCAGAGGCCUGCGAGUGCUGAACUCGACACUAUUCACUCUCACCACGGACCAAAUGCGCACCAUUCUGGAGAAGCAGAAGAAUGUGAUGGUCUUGAACGUGACUCUUGAAGUCGACAACCACGAGACCUUCAAGAAGGACUUGCUCUCCAUCCUACCACCACUCGAGUACCUCGAGCAAGUCGAAGUAGUCGCAAACCCAAGCUUACAAUUCUUCCUCGCUAUCCAAAACCCCAAGCACAAAGCUUUCGAAAACACAUUCCCCUCUUCCUCCGAAAUCGCAACGCUGGGCCAGAAGUGCAAACGCCUCACAAGGUUCAAAGCCGAUAUCCUACGCUCGAGUGCCAUGCAAACCAUCGAGUGGGAAAAGAAGGAUGAGAAGUGGUCUGGUGGAGUCAACGCCGCAAAGACAGAGUUGAAGAUCUCGGAAGCCGAGUAG